AUGAGCAAACGGUCGAACUCGGGAGUCUUGCCUCCAAGCAAGCGGAGACAUACAGACAACGACGCAGUCGAGUCGCUGGUGUCUCAUAGCAAGGAACUCAUUGAGUGUCUGCAAGCACUCACCGGAUCAUCCAAAUCUGGAUCCUCCACCAAAGACGAUGCGCUGCAGAAACUUCGCGGUCUCAGCAAAACUCUUCUGCCUUCAUUCCAAUAUCUUGCCCGCGAUGGAGACCCUCGAGAUGAGCUAGAGAAGCCCGAACCAAAGGAAAUACCCCGUGAGCCCUCUCUUGCCGGAGUACCUGUCCCAUCCUUCAGCAUCUUCAAGCCAUGGACAUCAGCAGACAUCCCGAAAGUGAUUCCUCCGCUUCCCAAGAUCACCAACCAUGUUUUGGAGACAGCAGCAUUCACCCAUGUCGGCAGGGUCAAGAACAGGGGCGAUCUCAGCUACGACCGCCUGGAGUGGCUAGGAGAUGCCUAUGUGGAGCUUUUCUCAACGUGUCUUAUCUUCCAGACGUUUGGAGGUCUUUCAACAGGAAGAUGCUCACAAAUGCGAGAGCUACUCAUCAAGAACGCCAACCUCGGAGAGUAUUCUGUCAAAUACCAGCUCUUCGAGAGAGCAAUACUCCCUCCUGAGUAUGACCCAAAUAACCACACGACGUCGAAGUCAAAGCCGCAAGAAAUCCAAAAAGUCAAAGGCGACCUUUUCGAAGCGUACGUUGCAGCUGUUGUGCUUUCCGAUGCGGACGGACUUUCCAGGGCUGUAGAGUGGUUGCGAUCGCUCUGGGCUAUGACCAUCCAAGAUCAGAUCCGAACAGCAGACAACAAGCCCGAUAUACGAAUGGUCAAGGAACUGGGCACGACGGUGGAAUCAUCAGAGUCCCAAUUGCUCCCGAAGGUUCAACUCUUGCAGCUUAUAGGAGCCAAGGGGGUUCAGAUACGCUACGAAGACUUGCCCAGCAAGCCAGACAAGUACAACAAGAAGUUGUCGCUCUUCUCGGUCGGUGUGUACUUGGAUGGUUGGGGCGAGAAGAACAAGCUCUUGGGCAUUGGUAACGAUCGCAACAAGAAAGAGGCGGGACAGAAGGCAGCAACGGCGGCGCUAGAGAACAAGAAGCUGAUGAAGACGUAUGCGGCGAAGAAGGCCGCACUGUACGCAGCUCUCGGGAAUGCAUAG